AUGAACCCCAGCACCGAGCAUCUCACCGUAAGAGAUGACUUCGAACUACAGCCGCCCGGCCAGGCUGAUAGCAACGAGAGCCUUGAGAAUGCCACCAACAUCAGUACAGUGGAAGACAUACCACCCAACGGCGGAUACGGCUGGGUGUGCACAUUCUGCGUGUUCAUGAUCAACGUAAACACCUGGGGCAUCAACAGCGCCUGGGGUGUAAUCCUCGACUACUACCUUUCCAACUCAACCUUCCCCGGCGCCAGCCACCUAGACUAUGCAAUCAUCGGCGGCCUCUCAGUCUCCCUGUGCCUCUUGAUCGGGCCCAUCGUCACCAAAUCCAACGAAUUACUGGGCACAACUAUCACCCUCCUCACCGGCACAGCCCUCAUCUUCACCGGUCUCUUCGCUGCCUCCUACUCCACCCAAGUCUGGCACCUCGUGCUCACCCAAGGCAUUGCCUUCGGCUUCGGCAUGGGCUUCAUCUAUCUAACCGCCACCUCCAUCCUCCCCAAAUGGUUCUCCACCAAACGCAGCUUCUCCAGCGGUAUCGCCGCCUCCGGCGCUGGCCUCGGCGGCCUCGCAUAUAACCUAGCCGCUGGCCGCGCCAUCCAGACCAUGGGCGUGCAAACCACCUACCGCAUCCUCGCUUUUUGCGCCCUGGGCUCCCACCUCGUCUCCUCCCUCCUCCUCAAAGACCGGCCCCGCUCGCGCGCCCAACCCCGUCAACGAACCUUCAACCACCGCGACCUCGGCCACUUUCGAGGUCCUCCUCGUCAUCGUCUGGGGCAUCUCCACUGACCUGGGCUACAUCACCCUCCUCUACUCUCUCCCCAACUAUGCCUCCUCCAUUGGCCUCUCCCCGCAGCAGGGGUCCGUCGCCGGCGCUAUCCUCAACCUCGGUCUUGUCCUUGGCCGUCCAGUCGUCGGCUACAUCAGUGACACUUACGGCCGCAUCACCAUCUCCAUGGUGAUGACGGCGUCGUGUGCCAUCCUGUGUCUUGCUAUCUGGAUCCCUGCUCAUUCAUAUGCGCUUCUUCUCCUCUUUGCUGUGCUGUGCGGUAUGGUCUGUGGCACUUUCUGGGGUACUGUUGCGCCUGUACUCACUGAUGUGGUGGGGCUGAAUCGUCUUCCGUCGACGUUUGGAAUGGUGUGUUUGAUGCUGGUGGCGCCGAACUUGGUGGCCGAGGCGAUUGCGCUCAGUAUGGCGGGGGGCGGGGCCGGGUAUUUGAGUGCGCAGGUGUAUGUCGCUUGCAUGUUUGUGUUGGGGGCAGUGUGCUUGUGGAUUCUGAGGUCGUGGAAGUUUUAUGAGUUGGAGGUGAAAGGGGUGAGGGAGGGAGGGGAGGUGAGGAAUGGUGCUGGGAUGGCUGGGGUGCAGGGGUUUAUGAGGUGGAUGAGGCCGGGGAAGUUGUUUUUGAGGGGGAGGGUGUAG